UGGAGAGUGUGAACCUGUAGAGGGAGUAACACAAGACCUUCCUCACAAACCCACUGCAGCUCACACUCUGAAACACAGCUCUCCCAGCCAGUGAUAAGGAACAGCCAACAACAGUCGAUCAGGAGAAUUCCCAAACAUCUUUGAAGCUUGGGUUGCACUUUAAGGUACAAGAUGCUGCAAUGGUUUCUGCUGGUCGCAUUUAUUUUGCGUAGAGCAGCCGCACAGGAAACUGAAGAAACCAUCACAUACACGCAGUGUACUGAUGGUUAUGAAUGGAGUCCCGAAAGGCAACAGUGCAGAGAUAUUGAUGAAUGUGUGACUAUCCCAGAUGCUUGCAAAGGAGAAAUGAAAUGCAUAAACCAUUAUGGGGGAUACUUAUGCUUGCCCAAAACAGCUUACAUUAUCUUGAAUAACAACGUUGCAAGAGAUGGUGUGCUCCCUUCUCCUUCUUCUGCUCCAACUGUUCCUGUUCCCGUUCCUGUACCCACUCAACCUCCCCCUGCACCAGCUCGUCAAGUCUUACGAAUACAAUGCCCACCUGGAUUUGCACAGAGUGAUGAAUUCCAAUGUAGAGAUAUUGACGAGUGCACCUUGGGUACCCACAACUGCGGCCCGGAGCACAUUUGUGUAAACACCAGAGGCUCGUUCAGCUGCCGCUGCAAGAAGGGUUAUCAGAAGAGUGGAAACUACUGUUUGGACAUUAAUGAAUGCAACAUACCCUCCUAUUGCCAUCAUGGAUGUGUCAACAUACCUGGUUCCUAUAACUGUCAGUGCAAUGCAGGUUUUCAGCUGUCAAGCAACAAUCGCACGUGCAGAGAUAUUAAUGAGUGCGAGACUGGCUCUCCAUGUGAUCAUCAGUGCUUCAAUAUCAUCGGCUCCUUCAUCUGCCAUUGUGACCAGGGAUACGAGUUAAGUACAGACAAAGUGACGUGCAGAGAUAUUGAUGAGUGUGCUUACUCAAGCUACAUGUGUCAGUACCAGUGCGUAAAUGAACCAGGGCGCUUCUCGUGCAUCUGUCCUGAGGGAUACCAGCUCGUGGGAAGCAGAAUGUGCCAAGAUAUAAACGAAUGUGAAACUGGAAGUGUAUGCGAGGAACAGGAGAGGUGUUGGAACUAUUUUGGUGGAUUCAGGUGUUAUCCUAAAAUCCCAUGCCAGGAGCCUUAUGUUCAGACGUCUGCCAACCGCUGCAUCUGUUCAUCGGGAAACCCAGCUUGCCGCGAUCAGCCAUAUUCCUAUGUAUACAAGAACAUGAAUGUUCGGUCAGAUAGCUCAGUGCCUUCUGACAUCUUUCAAAUCCAAGCAACAAGUAUUUACCCCAACACCUUCAACACCUUUCAGAUCACCUCUGGGAACGAAGGAGGGGAAUUCUAUCUGAGGCAAACAAGUAAUGUGAGUGCAUUGCUCGCCUUAGUCAAGCCGUUAACAGGACCACAGGAAUACAUUGUGGAUAUGGAGAUGCUAACAGUCAAUGCCCUAAUGAACUACCGGACUGUUUCAGUGCUGCGAUUGACAAUAGUAGUGGGACCUUAUCCGUUCUAGUCUAAGUUGCACCUAUCAAUCACAUCAGCCGAAGUAAAUCUUUUGUUUUAACCCCAGCAUUUAAGAUUUUGAUGUGUUUAUGUAAAAUGCUUUCCGUUUUAACUUCUACUUUUUGUAUUUGUGUGUCUUUUGUAAAAAGUGCCUUCAGUACUGUGUGUAGAGAUGAAGACUUACUAAAGUAAAUAUGCAUAACACAUGAAUAUUUAAAGCCUUAUGCUCCAUAAUGUUUGCUACCCAGCCAAAAUUAAGUACUUUAUAUCUUGAUGUACAAAGUUGUUUUUUUCUAAUCAAAUAAAAUGUAUUUCAUAUAUUACAUUGUUGCCUUUAAAAGGUUUGUUCCUGAUGAAAUUUUAAUCACACCAAAGUGCUUGAAGAACUUAGUUUUCAUUCAGGAAUUCUUGUUGUGUAAAAAUGUUCAUUCACUUUCAUCU